AUGGUGUCUCUAAGCUCUUCCCUUUUCCCACUAUUUUUCCUCCUGCUGUCUGCAGCUUCCAUGGCAGCUUCAGCUUUAACUCAAGAACAAUUCUUCCAAUGCCUUUCUCUUAAUUCCAAGAUUCCCAUUCCACAAGCCACAGCUUUUUUCACCCGAAAAAAUACUUCUUCUUUUACUGCUGUCCUUUCAUCCACUGCACAAAACCUCAGGUACUUGCUCCCUUCGGUGCCGAAGCCGGACUUCAUCUUCGUGCCGGUGCAUGAAAGCCAUGUUCAAGCAGCGGUAAUUUGUUCCAAGAAGCUCGGAGUACAUCUCCGAGUCCGCAGCGGCGGCCACGACUAUGAGGGCUUGUCUUAUGUCUCCGGAUUCGAGUCGCCUUUCUUCAUUCUCGACCUCUCAAAGCUUAGAUCCAUCAAGGUUGAUAUACAUGAUAAUAGUGCCUGGAUUCAAGCUGGUGCAACUAUUGGUGAAGUUUACUACAGAAUUUCUGAGAAAAGCCAAAGACAUGGCUUCCCGGCGGGUCUCUGCACCAGCUUAGGCGUCGGCGGGCACAUUACGGGGGGCGCAUACGGCCCCAUGAUGAGAAAAUACGGCCUCGGUGCUGACAAUGUCGUCGAUGCUCGGAUUGUUGAUGUUAACGGCAGGAUUCUCGACCGGAAAGCCAUGGGAGAAGAUCAUUUUUGGGCUAUUAGAGGUGGGGGAGGAGCAAGUUUUGGAAUCAUUCUUUGGUGGAAGAUAAAGCUUGUUCCUGUUCCUCCAAUUGUGACAGUUUUCACUGUCACUAAGAAUUUAACACAAGGAGCUACAAAGAUCCUCUAUAAAUGGCAACAAAUUGCAGAUAAACUCGAUGAAAAUCUCUUCAUCAGGGUCAUCAUUCAACCUGCCAGCGCAGGCGCUAAAGGCGGAAGAACAAUAACAACUUCUUAUAAUGCUCUGUUUCUUGGUGGUGCUAAAAAACUCCUCCAAAUUAUGCAGAAAAGCUUCCCGGAAUUGGGGUUGACGGGAAAAGAUUGUACAGAAACGAGCUGGAUUAAAUCCGUUCUUUAUAUUGCCGGAUUCCCUAAUGGAACAUCUCCUGAAAUUCUUCUCCAAGGGAAAUCCCUCUUCAAGAACUAUUUUAAAGCAAAAUCGGAUUUUGUCAAAGACCCCAUUCCAGAGACGGCACUGGAGGGGCUUUGGAAAAGGCUGCUGAAAGAACAGAGCCCAUUGACGAUAUGGAAUCCGUACGGGGGAAAGAUGAGCAGGAUUGCAGAAUCUGAAAUCCCAUUUCCUCACAGAAACGGAACAUUGUUCAAAAUCCAGUGGCUGAGUUUGUGGCAAGAUGCCAAGGAGAAUGCAAAGCCGCACAUGGUGCGGAUCAGGAGGCUUUACAAUUACAUGGGUCCUUAUGUUUCGGGGAAUCCGAGGGAAGCGUACGUGAAUUACAGGGAUCUUGAUCUGGGGAUGAACAGGAACAAGAACGUUAGCUUCGUACGUGCAAGGGUUUGGGGAAGCAAGUAUUUCAAGGAUAACUUCAGCAGAUUGGCGAGAGUGAAGACAGAAGUUGAUCCAGGUAACUUCUUCAGGCAUGAACAGAGCAUCCCACCUCUUCCACAUGCAUAAUAAAUGACUGGAUUGGUUGCUCAAGUUUCCUUUGUGUCAUCCAGCCAUGUGGGUUUCUCUAUCUCACUAUCUGUGUUUGUUUGAAGAUCUAAAUGCCUAAAUUUGUAAC